GCGCCCGAGAGUCAAGCUUUCACGGAGUGAGACGGAAUUUUCAUCAGCAAACUUUCAAAAUAUUCGAUGGUGGCAAGUACACAUUCCGAACCCUCGGUCGGUGGGAUGUUCUCUUUAUCCUGCUCACAAACCAUGUCGGGCUCGGCAUUCUCGCCCUUCCUAUCACCCUACACACUCUCGGCAUCGUCCCAGGCCUUAUUGCCAUUUGUGGUCUUGGCAUAAUCACCUGGUAAACAGCGUACGAGCUGCUCCAGUUCUACCGAUGGCACCCGCAAGUCCUCAACAUGGCGGAGAUGGCCAAGAUCGUUGGCGGCCGCCCCCUCGAAAUCGUUGUCGCAACAGGCUUGUUGCUCAAGCUUUGCAUGUCGUGCAGCCCCGUCAUAGUCACACUCUCUGUUAUCUUCAACUCAGUAACUAGGCAUGCCAUGUGCACCGUCUCAUUAUCCGCCUUUGCCACGGUGGUCUGCUGGGCCGCGUCUUUACCGCGUACCUUUAAGUUUGUGGCUCAAGUCGGGGUGAUAUCAACAACCAGCAUUCUUAUGGCUGUAUUUAUCGCUAUUAUAGGCCUUGGUGUUGCAGGCCACCCAAAUGGGACAUCCGCUGAUUGGGCAAGGGAGAUCACAGUUGUUGGCCGGCCGAGCUUCGUUGCAGGGGUCUCUGCUUGUUUGAAGAUAUGCUACGCUUUUGCAGGAAACGUCGCUUACAUAUCGUACAUGGCGGAAAUGAGGAACCCAUCCAAAGAUUUUGCCCCAGCUCUUGCCGUCCUGCAGAUCAGCUCUGUCUUGCUAUACAUUGUUACUACUGUGCCAAUUUACUGUCUCUCUGGUCAGUUUGUACGCUCGCCUGCUCUGGGAUCUACGCCAGACCUACCAGCACGGAUUGCUUUCGGGGCCGCUCUGCCUGCUGUGCUUGCUACGGGCCUUGCCUUUGGACACACUGCCAUCAAAUACAUGUACCUGCUCGUCUUGCAAGCCCUCAACGCCACUCAUCGAGCUACGGAAAAUUCGGCCACGCCGUGGAGCAUCUGGGUUAGCUGCGCGACAGCGUUCUGGUUGGUAUGCUUUUUAGUUGCUAACGCCAUCCUCGUCUUCGACUCUAUAAUAUCCAUCUCAUCUGCAAUCUUUGUCUCGUGGUUUGCUUUUGGCAUUAGCGGCAUCUUUUGGUACUAUCGGAACUGGCGGGAAAAACUUUACCCCUAGAAAUAUCCCCCUCGCUAUUGUAAGCGCCCUGCUUAUUAUUCAGGCUUUAUUUAUGAACGGGACUGGCACGUGGGCUUCCGUGCGCGGGCUACUCGACACGUUUGCAUCAGACAAUGGCAUCAAUAGCUCUUUUACUUGUGCGGAUAAUUCAGUUUUUUAGUCAGAGUUGGUAUGCAGUCCGAGUGAACUUCGCGGACUGGAACGAAUCAGCAAAAUUGGUUUCCUGACUAUCUUCCCAUAAAACGUCGCUCGACAAGUAGUUAUCCCUGGCUGUUUGUCGUUUCCAUUUACACAGUGCGCUGUUCGUUCUUGAUGGUCGUUUAUCUUGCCGCGGG